ACAUACACCUCCCCUUUUCCCAAACAAGCAGUCAGUCUGUCAAUGUGCUCCGAGCGUUAGACAAGUCAAACGAGUGGGAUUUUGAACUAGUGAGACCGGGGACAUAUCGAAUGGAAACCAUUGGAAGCUAUCCAGAUUCCAAAUGACUCGCCACAUCAGACAGGCGAGGCUAUAACAUACGAAUAUGAGUUCAAGUUCGAUUUAUUAUUCAAAGUUUUAUUUUGCUCUUCGUCUGGUAAGGACUGAAGUUGAAUAGGCUGGAGAUCUUCUAGCCUUCAGUUAUCUUUCGAGUCCAGUGUUUUGAUGUGUUAUGUGAUAAAUUGAUUGCUGGAUUUGUCAACACCACCUGAGUUCGUUUGUUUGAAUUGCCAGUCUCAUUUACAAAUCGUUUGGGAAAGGAUAUUGAUUUACUCACUGGAAGAGAAGAGAAAUGACACGCAGUGUGUACCAAACCGUGCAAUGACAAAUCCACCGACCAGCGAGCAUCAACACGUCCUUCUGAUGGAGCUACUGUUCUAAACUGGGGGGAAGCCUCUAUUUUUAAACACAGCAUUUUCGCUAAUGUCUCGAAUCUUUUGAAACUACAAUUUAUUUAUCGGAGUAAAGACUCUAAAGAAAAUAAGAAGUAGAAAGGAAUGGGAGAGAAACCGAAGAGAAUCGGCGCAGAGAACAAGGGAACAUUGUUUGGGAAAACACAAUUAUAGGAAACACCAACACGCAACAGAAAAUAGCUCUCCUCGAGCGCCUAUCAAACCAGGACAGAAAUCGAUUCAACGGGAGUUAUUUUUUUUUGUGGAAGAAGGGGAGUGGUGCUCAAGCCAUUGAACACAGCUAGAGCAACUUUCUCUGCCGUAGUUGUCAAUUACUACGUUGUGUCCUCUAUUAUUCGUUUCAUAUCCAUGCGGUUGCCCAAGGCACGAUAUUUCCUCCUCGCGCGUUGAGUGACUCACCUAUAGCUUACACGGCUAUAGCCUUUGUUUGGACGGCACCCCAUCUACAUCCUCAUAGAAAAUAUACCAUUGAUUUUUAAAAAUGGGGUUCAAUAAUAGGGGUUGUGGAGUUGCAAUGGCGUGUCGGAGAAGUGGGAGUAAACUGGGAUUUGUGCUGAUAUUCUUACUGGAUUUACUGGGAACGGCGGUGAGCAACAUGGAACCCAUCUACUGGAAUUCAGUGAACAAAAGGUUUUUGGACGAUAAGGGCUACGUCCUCUACCCUCAGAUUGGGGAUCGCCUGGAUCUCAUCUGUCCGUCGUCGGACCCCCCKAGCCAGCGGGCCCCCGCCGAGUACGAGUUCUACAAGCUGUACCUGGUGUCGUCACGUGAGCAGGCGGACAGGUGUGAGGUGACGGGCGCGCCCAACCUGCUGCUCACCUGUGACAAGCCCAACAAUGACAUGAGGUUCACCAUCAAGUUCCAGGAGUACUCUCCUAACCUGUGGGGACACGAGUUCAAGACCAACGCUGGCACUUCAUACGGCUGA